GGUUUCUGGAGAUCCUCGCUUUUUUUUCGAAUCGGGGAGGGGAGAGAGAGGAGAGAUGAAGGAGGCGGCCUCGUCGGGGGGCGGGAGCGCCGGGGGAAGCGACCCGCGGAUGGCGUCGACGGCGAGGCCGUACACGCCGCCGAAGCUGUCGCCGCAGGACCUGCCCAUCGACUACGCGGGGUUCCUCGCCGUCGUCUUCGGCGUCGUCGGCGUCAUGCUCCGGUACAAGGUGUGCUCAUGGAUCGCGAUCAUCUUCUGUGCACAGUCUCUGGCGAACAUGAAGAACUUCGAGAAUGAUCUCAAGCAGUUGUCCAUGGCUUUCAUGUUUGCUGUUAUGGGUUUGGUGACGAACUAUCUUGGCCCACCUCGUCCAGGCAGUACAAAGCGCUAAUCUGGAUGCACGAUACGGAUUGUAUGAGAUAUCACUUGUAUUUUGAAGCUCCAGAGGUUAUUGGCAGCUUACAUCUCUGAAUUUUAUCUGAGCAUGCAUCAAUUAUACUUACUCAAAUCAUUAGAGGACAUGAAUAUAUAUGAUGCUCGAUAAUUUAAUUUUGCGGUACUAGUUCUUCUGGGUGUUAUUUUCUUCUAGAUUUCUCUCUCUCUCUCUCUCUCUCUCUCUCACACACACACAUUUUAGAGCGAUGUCUACAUCAAGCAAAUUGAUCGGUGCUCCUUGAGCUCUGGAUUUUAUUUCUGUUUUGUUUUACUGGAUGAACAGUCACUUUCUAAAGCAUGUAUGCUCGAGAGUUGAGAAUAAAGUGCUGCAUGUAGUGACAA